UGUUUAGAUGAACUUUGCUUUGGAUCAAAGCAGCAAGCUUUUAUUACCUGGGAAUAGCUGCUGAACCUUGCUGGUGGAUGAGACCAGCAAGAAGCACAGACAGGUGGUGGGCCGUGUGUGUGUGGAAGCCAGCAGAGAGUGUCAUGGAUGGUUAGGUGAGAAAAGCCACAAAAAGGAAGGAAGGAGCGUGCCUAAGAGAGAGACGGAGAGAGGGAGGGAGGUACGAGAGGAGUAGGGCUCCGAACGGCGGACAGAGAGCUGCUCCAAGACAUUUCAGGACGUGGAGACGAUCAAGUGAAAGGAGAAAAUGGUUCGGUGGUUCCACAGAAACAUCUCCGGCCUGGAAGCCGAGACCUUGCUGAAGGCCAGGGGAGUCCACGGCAGCUUCCUGGCCCGGCCCAGCAAGAAGAACCAGGGAGACUUCUCCCUUUCGGUCAGGGUGGACGACACGGUGACCCACAUCCGUAUCCAGAACACAGGUGACUACUACGACUUGUACGGGGGAGAGAAGUUCGCCACCCUGUCUGAGCUCGUGGAUUACUACACCACGGAGCACGGCGUGCUGCAGGACAAGGACGGCACCCUCAUCGAACUCAAGUACCCGCUGAACAGCUCUGACCCCACCACAGAGAGGUGGUACCAUGGGCACCUCUCUGGUCCAAACGCAGAAAAGCUGCUGGUGGGGCGCAAAGAACCGGGGACCUUCCUGGUGCGUGAGUCACUCUCUAAGCCCGGAGACUACGUGCUGUCCGCCUUGACCGAUGAGUUUGGGCCCAGUGGGGAGCGGAGGGUCUCCCACAUCAAGAUCAUAUGCCAGAAUGAUAAAUACACAGUGGGGGGAUCAGAGAAAUUUGAUUCCCUGAGUGACCUGGUGGAACACUAUAAACGCAAGGGUAUUGAGGAGCUUUCAGGAACCUGGGUCUUCCUUAAGCAGCCAUACUACUCGACCAGGGUGAACGUGUCAGACAUCGAGAACCGAGUCAAGGUGCUGGAUCAGACAGCGGCGGGCACAGAGAACAGUGGGGACGGUGACAAGAAGAGCAAAGCGGGCUUUUGGGAGGAGUUUGAUGCUCUGCAGAAGCAUGAAGCCAAGGUAAAGAAGAGCAGAAAUGAGGGAAUGAGGCCAGAAAACAAGAGCAAAAACCGAUACAAGAAUAUCCUUCCGUUUGACGAGACGAGGGUGGCGUUGCAUUCACGUGACCCAACCAUUGUUGGUUCUGACUACAUCAACAGCAACUAUGUGAAGAAUAAGUUGUGUGACACUGGGAACCCGAAGGUGUACAUCGCUACUCAGGGCUGCCUGGCGACCACCGUGAAUGACUUCUGGCAGAUGGUGUGGCAGGAAUGCUCACGAGUGAUCGUCAUGACAACACGGGAGGUCGAGAAGGGCCGGAACAAAUGUGUGCCGUACUGGCCUGAGUUGGAAGGCUCCAAAGAGGUUGGCCCAUAUCUGGUCACGUGUUUGUCAGAAAGAGACGCUUCUGACUACAAGAUCCGGGUACUUGAGAUCUCACCCUUGGACCAGUCUGAUGUUCCCCGUCGGAUUUGGCACUACCAGUACCUGAGCUGGCCAGACCACGGUGUGCCCCAGGAGCCAGGUGGUGUGCUGAGCUUUCUCACCCAAGUAAAUGCCAAACAGAUGGAGUUCCACGAUGCUGGACCCAUGAUCAUCCACUGCAGUGCUGGAAUUGGUCGCACUGGAACCAUAUUGGUCAUUGACAUGUUGGUAGACAUCAUUGAUGCUAAAGGCAUGGACUGUGACAUCGACAUCUCCAAGGCCAUCCUGAUGGUGCGGGAGCAGCGAUCUGGCAUGGUCCAGACGGAGGCUCAGUACAAGUUCAUCUACCUAGCCAUGUUGCAGUACAUCGAGACCACAAAGACCAAGUUGCAUGCCAGCAAGGAACUCGAGACUGAGUACGGCAACCUGUCUCUGCAGCCGAAGCACCAGAAAGCCAGCCGCAAAGUCUCCAACAAUAAGGAAGACGUGUAUGAGAAUCUCGGCAUGAAGGGGAAGAAAGACGUGAAGAAGCAGAAGUCACAAGAGAAGAAGAGUGGCUCUGUGCGGAAAAAAUAGGCUCCAAGGAAGUGACGAAUACCCGAUCGAAGGUUUAAGCCCGACAAUUAUGAGGCUUACAAAUAUAUUUUCAGUCAGUACAGUUUAUAUAUGAGGAAUCUGUCAAACUAAAACGAUUUUAUUUUCAGUAGCUUUAAGAUGUAUUUUUCCCUUAAGUUAAGAUUGUAUCGAAUAGACACAAAUAUGAUCAUUACGGCAUUUUAUGCUUUUUGUACUUGUUCGGGGAGUUGUGGGUUGAGUGUUUGCAAAUAAAGACGUGUGAAAACUA